GGGCAUGCCGACACAUUAACAUGUAUAGCUCUUUUUCCAGACAGCAAAAUGAUUAUUAGUGGCUCCUAUGACCGCAGGAUUCGCCUUUGGGAUGUAGGAAGCGGGCAAGCAUCAGGGGAACCCAUUCGGGGACACAAGGUUUCAGUCAAUGUCGUUGCUGUGUCGCCGGAUGGGACGAUGUUUGUGAGUGGAGGCGGGGACGGCAAAAUCUUGAUAUGGAACGCAACGACACGUACUUUGGCAACAGCGCCCAUUCAAGCACAUUUGAACUCCAUCAACUCUAUUUCCUUCUCUCCCGACAGUGCCACCAUCGCGUCCAUAGCAGGCCGAAUGAUCAAAAUAUGGGAUGUGGCCACCGCGAAGCUUAUAAUAGAUAUCGAGUCCCCCAUUUCCGAACGCCAGGUUGCGUUCUCUCCUGAAGGUAGCAGAAUUGCUGCCGUAUCUCUUAUAGCUCCAGAACAGGAGAAGUUGCGAAUCUGGGAUGUGAAGACGGGAAAACCAGCAGCAGUUAGCCCUAUCACUGGCCAUACGGGUGCACUACUGUCUGUGGCAUGGUACCCCAAUGGUCAGCGUUUAGUCACUGCAUCGCUCGAUAGAACAAUUCGCGUUUGGAUCUCGGAGACAGGUCAUCAAGAAGGACGUUCCCUUGGUGGCGAUCCGACCUGGAUGUCUGACUAUGUCGCUGUCUCUUCUGACGGGGAGCUCAUUGCUGCUCUUUGUGGAGAUCACUCUAUCCGACUCUGGAAUGCUAUUACGCUUGAUCAGAUUAAUGUCUUGCUCCAGCACGCUGAACCAGUGCUCUGCAUGGCUAUUUCAGCUGAUACCCGUUUUAUCGUUGCUGGUUCUGGCGACAGCAAAGUGUGUCUGUGGAACAUCGAAAGU